GCUCCCUGGAUCAUUGAGGAUAAAAGACCUCCAGAAGACUGGCCCACCCAGGGAGAAGUGGUCUUUACAAGGUAUUCUGUCAGGUAUAGGAAAGGUUUGGAUUUGGUGUUGAAAGACCUCAGCCUGAGUGUAAAAGGUGGAGAAAAGGUUGGGAUUGUUGGACGAACUGGAGCUGGCAAAUCCUCAAUGACCCUCUGCCUCUUCAGGAUACUGGAAGCCACAAAGGGAGAGAUUACCAUUGAUGGGUUGAAAAUUGCAGAUAUUGGCCUUCAUGACUUGCGAUCCAAGCUGACUAUAAUUCCCCAAGACCCUGUUCUUUUUUCUGGAACACUCCGAAUGAAUUUGGAUCCAUUUAAUAAAUAUUCUGAGGAAGAACUAUGGAAAGCUCUUGAACUGUCCCAUCUGAAGAGGUUUGUCAGCAGUCAGCCUGCUAUGCUAGAUUAUGAAUGUUCAGAAGGAGGAGAAAAUCUGAG